AUGGAGCACAGUGAGGAUCAGACAAGCAUGCCGGAGAAGAAUAUCAAUAGCAAGCGUCAAGAUCCGAAUCCGAGAUUUGCUAGCGAAGGUUGCAGCGUUCUGCUCGACGUGAACGAUGGAGACCGUCUCGUCUUCGCUCGUCUAUCUCCCGGCGCUAUAUUUAAAAUCGGGAAUACCAAGUACUCCUUGAAGCCUAUGAUCGGAGCUCCGUUUGGAUCUCUGUUCCAAGUCGAAACCGGAGAAGAAGGUUCAUUCCUCUCUCGCGUUCUUCCCAUCAAAAAAGAAAGUAGCAGUAGUAAUGUGAUAGACGAUGUUAGAGAUAAUAGAGAGCUUAUUGACGAUAAUGAAUCUCAAAACCUCACUGCUGAAGAGAUUGAAGCUAUGCGGAGAGAUGGUGCAAAAGGGGAUGAGAUUAUUGAAGCAUUGAUUGCAAAUAGCAAAACAUUUGACAAGAAGUUUCAGUUGUCUCAGGAAAAAUAUCUGCUUAAGAAGCAGAAGAAGUAUGCGCCAAAGGUGCUUCUAAGACGCCCUUUUGCUCGAAGUAUCUGUGAAGCUUAUUUCAAGAAAUAUCCAGCUAGAAUCGGAUUCAUACGUGUAGAUGCGUUAUCUCUUUUGUUAACAAUGGCUAAUGUCACCGCAUACUCGGAUGUGCUUGUGGUGGAUAUGGUUGGUGGCCUUGUCACUGGUGCAGUGGCUGAACGUCUAGGAGGCACUGGUUAUGUUUGCAAUACAUAUAAAGGAAACUCUCCUUACUCUGUGGACAUGGUUAGGAUGUUCAAUUUUACUGACAAGGUUAUAGAGAGGAUCGUGCAUUCAUCUAUACACGAGCUCUCAUCACCCAAAACUGCACUCCCUGAAGAAAACAAUCAACAAGAAUCAUCUAAAUCUGAUAUGAUAGAAGAUAUAUCUGUGACAGCUGAGGCCAUAGUAGAUGAUGGUGUCACAGAGAGCAAAAUUAUCAAGGCCCCACAACCUGGAGCUAAAGCUUCUAAAGAAGCAGUAGAAAUGUGGAAAGAAAACGGUUUCUCUAGUUUAAUCAUGGCAGCACAAGACCAAGACCCAUGGACUUUAGCUAAAGAUGUGUUGCCACUGCUCUCCUACUCUGCUCCCUUUGCAAUAUAUCAUCAGUAUUUACAGCCUCUGGCGACAUGUAUGCACAACCUCCAGCAAGGGAAGAUGGCCAUCAAUCUGCAAAUAACAGAACCAUGGCUACGUGAAUAUCAGGUGCUUCCAUCAAGAACUCACCCUCACAUGCAGAUGAGCUCUUUUGGAGGCUAUGUUCUUAGCGGCAUCAGAAUCUCUACCACCACUUGA